CAUGUGCACGUGUGCGGUAUUCCCCUCUUUCACUGCUGCUUGCUGUUUGCGUCUCAAAUCUGGCGUCACUGUGUAUAUGUAGUCUUCUGUUCCAUCCGUUCCAUCAUUGCACACCUUUGAACAUAGUGAUUAGAAGUUCGCCAUGAUUUAUUUAUCUUGACGGCCGUGAUGUGAUCUGAUAUUUCGUCGCGAUGCCUUCUUCCUUUUGAAGGCGUUUGCCGACGACGGCUAUGAGAAUCGCAGAGCGAACGUGCGAGCGUGGAGAUCCGCGAUGCGAAUCGUGUGAUCAGUGUGAUGAGCAUGGGAGCCUAUUAUUAUUCGUCAGUGUUACUAGUGUAUAUAUCUGUAUAUAUCGUAGAUUUUCCAUUUCCUCGCAAUGCGUACCUGAUUAAUUAACACGCUUAAUCACCGUAUGUUAAAACACACCAAUGCACGAUGUCCACUCAGCGGAAGAAGACAAGCAAAAAGUCGACAACGGCUAAGAAAAAUGAUGGCCUUGUAGGAGAUGUGACUAUUGAUGACUUUGCUAACACUUUACGAAUUCAUGCAAGGCUGAAGAAAUCAGCUACAAACGUCUCCAAUGAAGUGAAACAAGAAGCAAUGAUAGAAAAUAAAAUUGUGUUGGAUGAAAGAGAUGAAGAGGAUUUGUUACAAGAUAAUAUAAGAGAGAAUGAUCAGAGAAGUUCUGCUACUAAUGGAAGAAGGCAUAGACGAAAGUUGAAAUUUCAUGAGGAUAAUAAUAAAGAGGAAGGGAUUGAGUAUCCGUUGGAUAUAUGGUUUAUCAUUUCGGAAUAUAUACAACCUGAAGCAGUAGGGAAGUUUGCAAGAAUUUGCAGAGGUUCUUAUUAUGUAACUACUACUGGAAAAUUCUGGUUUCAUUUGUACAAAUCAUACUAUAAGUUUGUAUCAAAUUUACCUGAACGUCUGCAGCCGCAGUGUAUGAGACUGUAUGGUUUAAGAGCUUGCGUUAUCAGAGCAUUACACUACAAUUAUUUUACUUCACUGUUGCAACGAGAGUUAGAUGAUAUGUCUUAUCUGCGACAAGAAGAUCCGCAUUCUCUUGUGAAAAGAAGAUGCACUCUCAUGUGGCAUAAAGAAGGAAAAGUUCGGUGGUAUUUUUACUUUAAACUAAAGGAGAUUCCCAAAAUUCGUAAUAGCUCGUUGAAACAAAAUAAACGUGAUACGAAAAACGAAUUUUUUGAUACGCUGGCAGAUGUAGCUGUUAAUCCUGAAGAGGGUUGCAAAGUGCUCAGGGUGACUUGCUUGAAAUAUAGUAUGUUACCGCCGGUCAUCGGAUUGGUCUUGCAAACAGUAUCGAUGAACUUAAUGCCCGGCUUUAGAGAGCAUCGGCUUCAGUUUGGAUUCGGAACUUCAGAUAUUCCUAGUACAUUAACAAAUCAAGUAAUACUUCGCGAUGUGACCGGAUACUGUAUCUUAGAUUGGUGGGAUCCCGCUUAUCCUCAUCAGGACGUGAAUUACACAAUUGAAUUGCCGCAAAGUGACUCGUGGGAAUAGGGUUUAUUUUACAGAUUGUUCUUAUAUUUUGUGUAUGGAAAAAUAGAGAAAUCUUUAAAUUUUAUAAAGCAAAUAUAUUCACAGCAAAUAUAAGCCA